UUUCAAAUGUAACGGUGUCAGCUGAAAUAAAUGAAUGGCGAAGAGCAGUGUGUUUCGGACAGGCGUCACACCCAAUGAUUUUGGACAUUUAUAUAGUUAGUUUACACAAAAAGUAGGAAUAUUUUUCGAAUAAAUACCCGACAGUGUACAGGGUAGCUUAAGUUUCAAAUCAGGAUCAAUUUUCAGGAAUUAUUAAUGGACUAUUGGGUGUUAUUCAUUCACGCAUAAAUAAACAAAUUGUUCUUUCUACCGUUCAUGUAUAAAAUUUAGAAAUAACAAUAAAACAAAAUUGUGCUUCUUGUGAAGAUAAAAACAAACGUGUGUUUUGCUAUUUUAUUUUUAAAAUAUGGAAUCACAUAAUAUUGCGCGGAGUCGCGAGGGGCACGCCGCACAGGCUGGAGUAGACAAAUGGGUACUAAUUCAAGAAAACACAUUUAGAAAUUGGGUAAACGAACAACUAAGGUCUGGAGGACUGGAAGUAGAAAAUUUAGAAAAUGAUUUUGACGAUGGUGUCCGCCUGGUUGCUUUGGUAUCUUCGCUGCAAGGGAAGCGGAUCAGAGUCAUUAAAAAUGCCAGAAACCAUCACCAACAGCUUGCUAACGUCGCCGAGGCUUUGACAGCUAUUGCAAACGACAACAUCAAACUAGUAAACAUAGGACCAGAAGAUGUUGUUGAUGGCAACCUUAAGCUUAUCCUCGGUCUAAUAUGGCAUCUUAUCUUGCGGUACCAGAUCGGAAAAAGUAGAUUCCCGACAAAGAAGUUGAUGAUAUGCUGGUUACAGGCUGUCAUCCCAGAAUGCAACAUUACAAACUUUACGUCAGAUUGGAACGACGGCAUUGCUCUACAUGCAUUGAUAGAGUUUUGUCAACCCGGAUUGUGUCCAGAGUGGAGAAAUUUAAGUAGGUCAGAUGGACUUGAUAAUUGUCGUAAUGCCAUGAUGCUCGCGAAGGAGCAUUUUGAUAUUCCCCUGGUCGUACGGCCCGAGGAUUUAUCAAGUACUGAUCUGGACGAGUUAUCUGGCAUGACGUAUCUGUCCUACUUUAUGAAGGUCGACUCCCCUGGUUACCACGCGACCUUGAGCUUGGUGCGCCGAUUAUUACGUGGAGGAACUGUCAAUAAUUUUACAAGUGAUUGGAGCAACGGUCAGCUGUUGUGUAGAUUGGUUCAUGCUGUUGGUGGGAAUGUUCCUGGGUGGCCAUCUCUGUCUGAUAAUCCUGUAGAAUGUAUGCAAAUGGGUAUUGAUGGUGCUAAGGGAGUAGGCAUUGAGCCCAUCCUGCCAGCUAAAGACAUGGCAGACCCAGAGGUGGACCAUAUUGGUAUCAUGGCCUAUGCAGCUUAUUUCCUGAGAUUCAAACCUGUGCGAUCAGCAUCAGAGAAAGUGGUCUUCUCAUCUCUACCACAAAAUUCACCAGUUGAUCAAGAGGCAAGUUUUGCCAUCAGUUUGGAGGAUGAUGAUGUAUCACCUGGAGAUAUCCGUGCUGAAAUCAUCGGUCCCGACUCCGUGCACAAUGUUCACUUUAACUGGGUCGGACGAACCGGACAUGGUUACUUCACACCAACCGAAACAGGACUGCACAGGUUGAAUGUAUAUUGUGAAGGUCAGGUGAUUAAUGGCUGCCCUGCCUCAUUUAAAGUUCUAGCUGACCGCUCUAAAGUUACACUUUCUGCUGUUGACAGUUGCUCUCUGGGAACACUCACCGAACUGCAGGUGAACAGUGCCACUGCAGGUGACGGUGAUGUACAGAUUGAGGUACGCGCACCAAGCGGUCGCUCGAUGAAAAUCAGUGCAGUCCCCCGCCAUGGCGGAAACUACAUUUCUAACUUUAACCCAACAGAAGUCGGAGAAUGGGAGGUUUCCGUGCUGUAUGACAAUGAACAUAUAUCUGGUAGCCCCUAUACUGUCAACGUGUUUGACCCAUCACAGGUGAAAGUUUACGGACUAGAAGGAGGGUCUAUGGAAUCUGGUGUCGUUUUUAAUGCUGAUGCCACCAAAGCAGGGAAAGGUAACACACGUGUGGAGAUUAUCAAAGAUGGAGUAGAUGUGACAAGACAUUGUAUCAUCAAUGAGGAAUACAGUAACUUCUACAAGCUUCACUUUAACCCACCCUCACCUGGACAUUACAAUGUACAUGUUUUGUUUAACGAGACAGAAGUAAGAGGAUCACCAUAUGAUAUUGACAUUGUUGACUCCAGCAACGUUACAGUGAGUGGAGAUGGUCUGAGCCUCGUGUGCGUGAACAGGACAGCAUCAUUUGAGGUGCAUGGUGGGAGCUCCGGCAAGCUCGAUGUGGAAAUCACAGCUCCAACAGGUGCCCGAGUACCAGCUCAUGUGAAUAAACUGUCUAAUGGUUCCUCAAAUGUGCAGUUCAUUCCAAAUUGUGUUGGGGACCAUAAAGUGAACAUAUAUUGUUCAGGCCAGCUUAUAAAGGGUUGUCCAUAUACAGUGAGAGUAUGGGAUGCCAGUAGAGUUAUUGUGUCAAAUAUGCCAACAUCAAGUGUGUUUGGACAACCUGUUGUGUUUGACAUUGAUGCAUCUAAAGCUGGCAGUGGUAAUAUAGAGAUAAUGAUCAAUGGAGGAGAAAUUGCAUGUAGUGUACAAAACCAUGGCAACUAUAAAUUCACUGCUUCCUUCCUGCCAGCCAACUUGGACGAUCAUAAAAUUGAGAUGAAAUUUAACUCUGAACAAGUGCCAGGGUCUCCAUGGAGGGUGAUGAUGCUUGAUGCUGGUAAAAUGUCCGCAACAGGAAGUGGACUGGACUUUGUUCAUAUACAUAGAACUACAUCUUUCUCCGUUAAUAUGCUCGGAAUGGACUCGAAGAAACUUUCAGUAAAGAUAAUAGCUCCAAGUGGAUCCUCAGUACCAUACAGAAUUGAGCAGGGAACAAAUGAAUUCAGAGUGGAAUAUAUCCCAACUGAAGUUGGUGAUCAUACAAUAGAUGUGAAGUAUGCAGACUCAGAACUUAGUGGAAGUCCAUUUUGUGCCAAGGCCUACAAUACUGCUGCCAUUGAAGUUACUGAUCUCCCUGAUGGAGUCGUUGGACAACCUAUUGAAUUUGGAAUUGAUGUCAGGAAGGCUGGAGAAGGUCAGCUUGAAAUCAUGGUGAACAAUGGUAACCUACCGAACACUGUCGAGUCUGAUGCAACAGGGGUGUAUCGUAUGAGCUUUGUACCGGAGGAACCUGGCAUACAGAACGUGGAGAUCAUCUUUAACAAAGAGAGCCAUCCAAGAUCACCGUUUACAUGCAACGCUGUGAACCUUAACCAAGCAUCUGUGCGCAGUUUGGACUUACAGCUCCCGGUUGAGAAAACAUCAUCAUUUUACGUUCAUUCAGAGAAUAUCAGCCAAGAUUUAAAUGUCAACGUAGACAUAUCAUCUCCGACAGGUGAUAGGGUACAUGCUGAUAUUUAUAACCAGGGUAAUGGUGAAUACAAGGUGGAAUGGAUGCCCAGAAUGCCAGGACGCCAUACAAUUGAUGUACAGUUUUCUGGUGUACAAAUUGACGGUAGUCCAUUCUACGUGGAUGUGUUUGACUUAUCAACCAUCAGGAUAGAUAACUUCAGGCACGGAACGGUUGGUGACGAGGCUGGAUUCAGUGUUGACUUCAGUAAUGCUGGCACAUUAGAUCAGGAGAUACAAAUAGUAGGACCAUCAGGAAUAGAUGUGGUCUAUGACUCAAGAGAACUCGGCUAUCUCUGGAAAGAUUACCUGUACGAGCCUGAAGAACCGGGAAAAUAUCAGAUAUACAUUAAAUAUGGCGGAUUCCAAAUACCAGGAUGCCCGUUCACUCAAGAUAUUGCUGAUGGAGGUUUACCAUCCGCCAGUGGAAGUGGUCUCUUCUUUGCGGAGGAAGAUAAACCUGCUGUGUUUAAUGUGGAGGUGGGACGUAGGAAAGGAGAUUUACGAGUGUCAGUCAGUGGUCCAAACUCUAUUGCCAAAUGUAGCGUUGACCCUCAGGCCGAUGGGUCGUACACUGUGACCUACAUUCCAGUUGAAACAGGAAUUUUCGAUAUCAGUGUCACAUGGAACAACACGGACAUUCCAGGUAGUCCAUAUCACCCGAAGGUCAUUGAUGCCAGAAAGGUUCGAAUAAUUGGAGGAUGGCAGCAUUUUAUGGACAGUAACGAGAGAGUAAAUCUUGUUGUCGGGGAACGUAAACAACUUCCAUUUGAUAUCUCAGAAGCUGGACCAGGUACAUUGCGAGCGGAGGUAAAGGCUCCAUCUAAGACACUAGAUGUGGAUAUUGACACGCACACAAUGGGUAGAGCAGUUAUUGAAUUUGUUCCAGAAGAAGAAGGUCCACAUUACAUACAUAUCUUCUGGUCAGACAUUCCAUUAGUGAACUCUCCAUUCUUGGGUUUCGCUAUUCAACACACACCAGAUGCCAGUAAACUUAUUCUUACUGGGCGUGGUCUGAAGGAGGCGGUGGUUAGAGAGGAGGCGGAGUUUAUUAUUGAUGGUUCUCAGGCUGGCAGAGGCAACCCAGAUGUUGUACUGAGUGGGGUCAGAGCUGAGGUCAAUGUCAAAAUAAACCCGAUUGGGAACGGAAAAUUCCGCUGCACCUACAUUCCUAUACUCCCUGGUGCCUAUCUCUUACAUAUCACAUGGAAUGGCCGCCAGCUGAGAGGGUCGCCAUAUAAGGUGAACGUAAUCGGAGCUUUCUAUCCUAACAGAGUGGUCGUGAAUGGUGUAGGCGGAGCUAUCUUAGGACGUGAAAUGAAUGUUGGUAUUGAUACAAGGAAAGCCGGACCAGGUGAGCUGACAGCGUACUGUAUGGGUCCCCACCAGGUGGCGUAUUGUGAACUUGAGGACAAUCAUGAUGGUACAUUUAGACUAGGAGUUAAAGCUCAGGAGUCAGGAAGACAUGUGCUACAAAUUAAAUAUGGAGGAGAACAUGUGCAAGGAAGUCCUUUCGUCUACAAGGUCACAGCACAGCCAGAUGCUAGCAAGGUGAGAGUUCACGGUCCAGGUGUAGAGCAUGGUAUCCUAGCAACAUAUAUCAGCAGGUUUAUUGUAGAGACACGAGGUGCCGGAGCUGGUCAACUUACAGUUCGUAUUAGAGGACCAAAAGGAGCCUUCCAGGUGGAGAUGUACCGAGACAGCCAGCGUGAUCGAACCAUCUUGUGUAGGUUUGAUCCUACAGAAUGCGGCCUGUACAUCAUCAGUGUAAAAUGGUCCGGAGUUGACGUGCCAGGCUCACCGUUCCACGUACACAUCCUGGAUACCCAGGAGGAGCUAGAGCAAGUGUUGAACGAGGUUUCAUACUCGUUUGGUACCAGUCAAAGUCAUGGCGGGUCACUACACUCAUCAAACCCACCACCUCGACUCGUGUAUGGACAGUGGCGAGAGAAAAUCUAAAAUUGUUUCAUUAAAUCAGACCGUUUAUAUUGAUACAUGUACACAUAAAUGACAGAUUGGUUAA